AUGGCCGACGACCACGAAUCGGUGGGAUCUAUAGAUUGCGAAGACGAAGCUCUGUCAGAGAAGGCACAGGGAUUGACAGAAGCCAAUGCCAAGACAGAGAGCCGAGUAUUGCGACUGCCACUGGAGCUGAGGGCCAUGAUCUAUGGAUACCAAGUGAUGGAAGACGCUCCUGUUGUCAUUACGAGAGUGCUGAAGCAACCGUCACUCCUAUUCACGCGCCGCCAGAUCCGCCACGGAGCGCUGCCGAUCUGUUAUGAGGGAUACCACUUCACGAUUCAAGUAGUUGGUUGCGACGCUACGUUGUAUCGAGAUUUCUGGGCUCAUCUACAGGAAGUCAGUGCAAAGAAGAACGCUGGUAGGGAUCAAGCUAUCUGGAAAGACAUUGUCGUUGUCAAGCUCGUCGGACAGAACAACUGGCAAAACUUGCUCAAUUGGGCCGCCAUGGUCUAUCUCAAAGAGUUACCAAAGAUCGUUUGGCCUCUAGAUGACACGAAAACGGCAGUGCUGCGUCUAGUCAUGGAGAUCGCAUCGCGGGCGACUUUGCAGGACGAUUUGGAUGGGAUGCUCCGGUCAGUGAUAGCUGUCGACUCUCUUGCUAUAUGGAGGAGAGUAUAA